AUGAUCCCCAGUGGACCACCACCAGUAUCCCCAGUGGACCACCACCAGUAUCCCAGUGGACCACCAGUAUCCCAGUGGGACCACCAUCCCCAGUGGACCACCCCCAGUGGACCACCACCAGUAUCCCAGUGGACCACCACCAUGGACCACCACCAGUAUCCCAGUGGACCACCACCAGUAUCCUCAGUGGACCACCACCACCAGUGGACCACCACCCCCAGUGGACCACAGUACCACCAGUACCCCAGUGGACCACCACCAGUAUCCCAGUGGACCACCACCAGUAUCCUCAGUGGACCACCACCACCCAACUCAGGUCCUCCAGCACCCCCAUCAGCUCAACUCCAGUCCUCUAGCACCCCCAACAGCCCAACUCAGGUCCUCCAGCACCCCCAUCAGCUCAACUCCAGUCCUCCAGUACCCCCAACAGCCCAACUCCAGUCCUCCAGCACCCCCAUCAGCCCAACUCCAGUCCUCCAUACGGCCAACUCCAGUCCUCCAGUACCCAAACAGCCCAACUCCUGUCCUCCAUCAGCCCAACUCCAGUCCUCCAGUACCCCCAACAGCCCAACUCCAGUCCUCCACACCCCCAUCAGCUCAACUCCAGUCCUCCAACAGCCCAACUCCAGUCCUCUAGCACCCCCAACAGCCCAACUCAGGUCCUCCAGCACCCCCAUCAGCUCAACUCCAGUCCUCCAACAGCCCAACUCCAGUCCUCUAGCACCCCCAACAGCCCAACUCAGGUCCUCCAGCACCCCCAUCAGCCCAACUCCAGUCCUACAGUACCCCAACAGCCCAACUCCAGUCCUGCAGUACCCUAACAGCCCAACUCCAGUCCUCCAGUACUCCAACAGCCCAACUCCAGUCCUCCAGUACCCCCAACAGCCCAACUCAAGUCCUCCAGCACCCCCAACAGCCCAACUCCAGUCCUACAGUACCCCAACAGCCCAACUCCAGUCCUACAGUACCCCCAUCAGCCCAACUCUGGUCCUCCAGUACCUCCAACAGCACACGUGUGUUGUAACCCUGGUCAUAAACACCUGA